AUGGUGUAUCUUAUCUGUAUUCCAAGCCCAUUCGCAACUGCGGGCUUUAUAGACGCGCAAUCCGGAGAGCUUUCCAGCAACCAAGCAAUGGUCGACAAGGAGCCUAGCACUAUCUAUAACCCGCAUUUUUCCUCUGCAAGCAAUGAUGAAACUGUGAACGACCAGGCCUCUCCCCCUGCCGACGAGGAGGAGCAAGAUGAGGAUGAUUCUGAUCGAUUAUUCCACAUUGUUACACCAGACCCAGAGGAGUACUCUCCAGUUACUCAUUCUGAAACCAAGGAGUCCUAUUAUUUCCUCAAGCUUGGACGCGGACGCGAUUAUGAUGACUAUCAAGAAGCCAGAAGGCACAAUCCUGUGAUUUCCAUUGUGGUUGGAGACAUCCCACAGGCAGAAGAGGAGGAGGAGGAGGAAGGAAAACCCGACCUAAAUGAAUGGUACAAAGUUAUACCGAAAUCCGAAGAUGAACUUGAGGAGGAAUAUGAGGAAUCCGAGGCUCCAGAGGCCUGGACUCAUGAUGACCUGCGCUCGAACCUGAUUGCACAGCAGAGAGCUCUUGCGAAUGAGGAAAACGAGGAGUAUGAGCAGCUGAUGCAGCAGUUGCUAGAAAUGUGCAAUAUCCGACAUGAAACCGACAUUGAUCGUCAGUAG